CUCAACAAUCACCUACAUGCUUCAGAUGUCAGAGGAGCCGCUGGAUGAGCUGGACCUCAAGAAAUACAACACAUCAGAUGAGGGAAGAAGAAGACUGGUACCAGCCGUGAUCAACUGCAGAAAAGCUCUUCUUGCUGGCUGUAAUCUCACUGCUCAGUGUUGUGAGAGUUUGUCAUCAGCUCUACAAUCCUCAAACUCUGUCCUGACACAGCUGGACCUGAGUAACAAUGACCUGCAGGAUUCAGGAGUGAAGCUGCUCUCUGAUGGACUGAAGAGUCCAAACUGUCAGCUGCAGAUACUAAGGUUGUCUGGCUGUAUGGUGACAGAGGAAGGCUGUGGUUAUUUGUCUUCAGCUCUGAGUUCAAACCCCUCACACCUGAGAGAGCUGGAUCUGAGCUACAAUCACCCAGGACAAUCAGGAGUCCAGCUGCUCAAACACAAACUGGAGGAUCCCAACUAUAAACUGCAGAUACUCAAUGUGGAUCAUGGAGGAGAGAUCAUGAUGACAGCAGGACCACGAAAGUAUGCCUGUGAUCUCACACUGGAUCCAAACACAGUAAACACUCGUCUCAUUCUGUCUAAUGAGAACAGCAAAGUGGCACACGAGGGAGAGAAACAGUCAUAUCCUGAUCAUCCAGAGAGAUUUGAUGAGUGUCAUCAGGUUCUGUGUGUUGAGAGUCUGACUGGACGCUGUUACUGGGAGGCUGAAUGGAGUGGACGUGUAAAAAUAUCAGUGUCAUAUAAAGGAAUCAGCAGGAAAGGAGAGAGAGAUGACUGUAUAUUUGGAUACAACAACAAAUCCUGGAGUCUGAUCUGUUCUGAUAACAGAUUCACUGUCUGGCACAAUAAGAACAGCACUGAUAUACCUGCCCCAUCAUCCUCUAAGAGAGCAGGAGUGUAUGUGGACGUGUCGGCCGGCACUCUGUCCUUCUACAGCGUCUCUGACACACACACAGUCACACACUUACACACAUUCAACACUACAUUCACUGAACCCCUCUGUGCUGGAUUUAGGGCUUAUCCUGAUUCCUCAGUGUCUCUGUGUGAUUAAACAAUAGAGAGACUCAAUGUAAAUCCUCUUUCUGAUGUUCACAUGCACACAAACCCAUCAAAUCUCACAUCAUUACAUUUGUAUUCAUUCAUUUUUUUAUUAAUAUUUUACAUUAUCAUCCAGAAGUUUUGAAUCUUGAUCAGACACACAUACUGUUCUGAAUCUUUAAUAAACAGAGUAAUACGUUUUAUUUAAUAUUUAUAUUGUAAACUGAUCAUCAAAUUUAA